AUGAAUUUGGAAAUGAUUUUUAUUGUAGUUAUCACAUCUUUCAUCGUCGGAUUCGUUUUAGACAUGAUCAGUUCAAUUAUAUUGAAUAGAUUAUUGGCGGAAAAAAAGUGGCAAAAUACGGAACAGGAUAAAGAUCAAGCCAAGAACUUGACAGAUUUGGAAGAUACAAGAAGUGAUUAUGAUAAUCAAAAUAAGAAAAAUAAGGAAAUGAUAAAGUGCGGGGAAGAAGAUGAAGGAACGGAUACAUUAAGCGAAGAAGAAAUUGAAGAAAUUAAUCAAGCCAUUACAGUUGUGAAGG